UGUUGUCCGACGCGCGUUUUUAUUUCAUUUACUCACAAAUUUAGUAACGCUUUUUUUAAUCUCCCUGUAUACAUAUCACUGAUAAGUGCUCAAUAUUGAACUUAUUUACGUUUUUUCCAGUGUUUGUGAUGAGAUAACACGUAACUAUAUAAUAAUUAACUCGUAUUGUAUUAAAUAUAAUAAUUUAGUUGGUAAUAUUGAUAAAAUGGCAGUGAUUUAUUUUAAGACGGUACUGUUUGGUUUUCUUGUGUUUUUAUUGAAUAUUAAUUGUAUGUCAAUAAAUGGUCCGGCGUUAACACGAUACGACCCCUGUGGUUUAGCAGUUGUAUACUUUGAUAAAAUAACUGAUAAGUUAUGGCGAGGUGUUGUAAAUUUUAAUCUAUAUCGAUUGUCAGAAGCGUAUAUUGAAAUACAUUUCGAGAAGAAAGCUAAACUAUACGGGGCUUCACAGAAUACGAGUAUAAGUGUUAUAAAUAAUUGGCAUGGAUUUAUACUUAAACCAAACGGUGAAACUCCGAUACCUUAUUCGUUUUUUGUAUCCAUUGACAAUUCAGAAGCAAAUACAACUGAUGUUCCAAUUGUCACACAAUUCAAAAUUAAUAAUGUGACACUUUGUAAUGAUGCAGUCAAGGCAUCACAGACUAUUGAAUCCUUGAACGUAACGAAAACGUCUAGCAAAUACAAACAAAUAUGCGGGAGGCGAUCAUUAGAUCACACUGAAUUAGUCUCUGUAAGAACUGAAUCCCGAGCCGGCGAUUGGCCAUGGCACGUCGCUAUAUUCCUAUGGAACCCUAAUAUGACUAACGAAGAAUAUUAUUGUGGCGGCAAUAUCAUAUCAAGAACCGCCAUCGUAACAGCCGGACAUUGCGUCAGAAAAGACGGCGUGACGGUAGACGCGAGUAGAAUUGUAAUAGUCGCCGGUGUUAGCAAUCGUAGAGACAGUAAGCAAGUUGGAAGACAAAUUGUUAUGGCAAAGGAAGUAAUUUUACAUCCUUCAUACACAGAUACGCUAGCAACAGCUGACUUGGCUGUGAUUAAAGUAAAUUCAUUCCAAUAUACCGAGUAUGUACAACCAAUAUGUUUGUGGGGGCCGGUUUACGACAAGGCUAUGCUUUUUGGAAAAGCGGCUGUGAUAGUCGGCUUUGGACAAACAGAAGACAACAAACCGUCUGACAUACUGCGUUCCACUUAUACGUUAAUACAGAAUGAUACAACGUGCGUGACGUUUUCAGCGAACGUUUAUGAAAAUUUAUUAAAUGAAUUUACAUUUUGCGCUGGAUAUGGUGCAAAUUCAACUGUGAAUCCCCGCAAUGGAGACAGUGGAGGAGGCCUGGUGAUCCCAGUUCUCCAACCGGACCAUAAAGUCAGCUGGUUUCUACGUGGAGUCCUAUCAAAAUGCGGCGUAUCCCCGGGGAGUAAAGAUUGUGAUCCUCAUUACUACAUGGUGUACACAGACGUUGGCCCACAUUAUGGGUGGAUUUACCAUCAUUCUGGUUUAAAAUUCCAAUCCCAUAUUAUUGAAAGUACUAGUUGAUAAUGUAUAAUUGGUGAUGAUAUUGUGAUAUUAGUUUUAAGAUUUUUUAAUAGUUUACGCCUUAAAAAAGUAGUGUGUUUGUAUAAUAAUUAAAGGAUACUCGUAGGAAUUUUAAUUAUUUCAUUUAUAUUUAAGAUUAUAUAUAUAUAUAUUUAAAUGAAAUAGUCUGAAGAUUAAUGAAUGAAUAAGUAAGAUAAUGAUUAAAAUAAUGUGGUAAUAAUUUAUUAGUAACAUAUGGAUUGAUGAAAAUAAUGCUACUAAAAACCUAUGUACCGACAUGAAAGUUCCAUUGCUCCUAUAGAAUUAAAAAAAGUAUAUAAAAGUUAAUAGUUACAAAAUCGGUAAAUAGUUUGUAGUAGUAUUUAUAAAAAAAAAAUAUAAAAGUUAAGAGUUACAAAAAAAUUAAUGUACAAUACUAAAAUCAAUAAAAACCCCAUGUUAGAUGAGUUUAUUUUUUAAACUGUGUAAAUUGCAAAAUAGAUGAGGUUACCUUAGAAAAGAUGUUGCAAUAUCAUUUUAACUCGUUUAGCAUUCCCGAAGAGUCCUAUUUAAUUUUCUAAUCAUACGUGGGAAUAAAAUCGGUCUUUAUCGUAAUAACAUAAAUUGUUAUUGUGACAAGGUGUAACAGUAUGGUUACUGAUAUUAUUAAUCACGGUUUUAGAGGUCAGAAUAUGUAUAAGACAAAUAUAGGAAAUAUUAAACUUUAAAAU